AUGAACACAAGUUGGUUUUAUGAAACAUUUAAUGAAGAUAAUCGUCAAAAUUAUCAACAAAAUUAUCCUCAAUUUGCUUCAUUUACUGUGCUUUCUCUUUCUGUUUUUUUUAUCAUCGUUGGCACUCUUGGUAACACAUUGGCUAUUAUUGUAUUUCUAAAUUGCCAAAAAUUACGUCGACAGCCAACGACAAUAUUUAUCAUGAAUUUAACAAUAGCUGAUUUGAUGAUUUCAAGCAUUAGUUUACCACUUAUGACAAUGGAUUUUUCAACAAAUGAUAUGACUGAUAAUUUUUUUUGUAAAAUAGCUGCAGUAAUGUAUUAUGGAAAUAUGAAAAGUCGUCAAAAAUUGUUAUCAUAUUCACCAAGUCAAACAACAGCAACAGCAACAGCAACAAGAUCUAGUAAAAAAGACAGUCAAGAAACUGAAAUCACAUAUUUGAUGUUUAAAAUAUUUAUUGGAUUCUUGGCAUGUUUUCUACCAACAGUAUUGGUUAAUAUAUUUGAUUCUGAAGGAAAAUAUCCAGUUUAUCAUCUUGUUGAAUCAAUGACAUCAUGUGCUUCAGUUGUGAUAAAUCCAAUUAUUUAUGUUAGCACAAAUAAACUGUACAGAGCAGCUUUCAGAGAAUUUUUUUCGCAAACUUUCCGUGCUGUUUCUGGAACCAAUCAACAUCACAACAAUACUUCAAACAGACAGCCCCAAAUUUCUUCAGUACCUCCAAUAACCUCUUCCACGGAAAUUAAUUCAUCAUGUGGAUCUUUAUCUCUUCAAGGUGGUGGCUGA